GUACGUCUGUCACUAAUGUAACUGCCACUGAUGCUGACGACCCGGUUUAUGGAAACAGUGCAAAGUUGGUUUACAGUAUCUUGGAGGGACAGCCGUAUUUUUCCAUUGAGCCAGAAACAGCUAUUAUAAAAACUGCCCUUCCUAACAUGGACAGAGAAGCCAAGGAGGAAUACUUGGUCGUAAUUCAAGCCAAAGAUAUGGGUGGACACUCUGGUGGUCUGUCUGGAACCACAACACUCACAGUGACCCUUACUGAUGUUAAUGACAAUCCUCCAAAAUUUGCUCAGAGCUUGUAUCACUUCUCAGUACCAGAAGAUGUGGUCCUUGGCACUGCGAUAGGAAGGGUUAAAGCUAAUGAUCAGGAUAUUGGUGAAAAUGCACAAUCAUCCUAUGACAUCAUUGAUGGAGAUGGGACAGCACUAUUUGAAAUCACUUCUGAUACCCAGGCCCAGGAUGGUGUUAUAAGACUAAGAAAGCCUCUGGACUUUGAGACAAAAAAAUCCUAUACUCUGAAGGUGGAGGCAGCCAAUAUCCACAUUGACCCACGUUUCAGUGGCAGGGGACCCUUUAAGGAUACAGCGACAGUCAAAAUUGUUGUAGAGGAUGCUGAUGAACCUCCGGUCUUCUCCUCUCCGACUUACCUCCUCGAAGUUCAUGAAAAUGCUGCUUUGAACUCUGUGAUUGGCCAAGUGACAGCUCGUGACCCUGAUAUCACUUCCAGUCCAAUAAGGUAUUUCAUUUACCUUAAAAUUUUCACUUACCUGCAUUGCCUCACCAGAUCCAAGGAGUCUACAAGGGAAGCAGAAAAUAACUCGUCUCUGGUGUUCAGCCAAGUCUGUGUGGGACGGCCCCCACGCAUCUGCCUUGCUACUUUCUAUACUAUGUUACUACUGGCUGUGAGCUGCAGUGUGUUCUGGAAGAUGAAUAUGGGAGGCUUAUUCAUGAAUCUAACAUUAUUCCAAAGUGCUGAGAAGUG